GCUCAGAGGAAGAACAUCUGCGCAGGCUCUGGUGCCUGGCUUCCUGGAGGAGCCGGAGUCUCUUUCGCUUUCAAAGAAAAUGAUUUCUAGCUGAGGAGCCUUGGCCAGGGACACACAUAUCAGUGGACCAGUGGAGGAGAAGGUUUCCUCCAUCAGUUCCAAUCAAACACCCCUUCCCAGAGCAGAAAUGUCCAGAAGAGACAAGGAUCCACCAGCCUCCUUCAUGGAGCAACAGGAGAAGGGAGACAUGAAGCAGGACCAGUGGGAGCUGCACAGCCAAGCAUCCUCUGGGGACUCUGUCGCCACGGGAACAGCUCAGUCCAAGAAGGCGAGUGGCACAAAGGAGGCUCAGCAUAAGGGCCAACAGGACUUGGACCUCAUCCACAAAAGGAGGAAGCAGAUGGACCUAGAGCCAUAUUGGACUAAAGCCCAGGCAGAGAAGGACUCGAUGCUAGGAUCAGAACUCACACUCGACGUGGAUCUCACUACCCACCAAGGCUACUCACAACAUCUUCUGAGCUCAGAGCAUGUAUUUUGCAGACCAAUUUCAAUGUUAGUGGGCUCUGCUGAUCCUGCAUUCAGUAGUGAAGAAUUCCAGGAGCUUGACCCAAUACUUGGCUGUGAAUCUCUGUAUCCAUCAGAAUUCCAGGAGCUUGACACAAUACUUGGCUGUGAAUCUCUGUAUCCAUCAGAAAUAUAUCAGAACCAAGGAAGAGAGAAUCUUUACUGUACACAGACCUGGGAAACAAGGGAUUUUCUCCAAAAUUUCACACAGCUACUACUCCUACAAAAAUCUUGCCCAAGAGGCUGGGAGACUUUGGUCAGGGAAAGCUGGCAUCAAUGUGUAGCAGAAGAGAGAGGACAUCUAAUUGAGAUCCAAGACUUAUUUUGCCCAAAGCCAGAUUCCCAGGAAGAGGCCCAGUUAGUCAUAUUAGAGGGGGCUGCUGGGAUUGGGAAGUCAACGCUGGCUAGGCAGGUGAGGAGAGCAUGGGAAGAAGGCCAGCUCUACAGGGAUUGCUUCCAGCAUGUCUUCUACCUCAGCUGCAGAGAGCUGGCCCAGUUCGAGAAGCUGAGUCUGGCUGAGCUCAUAGCAAAAGACCAGACUGCACCCAGAGCUUCCAUCAGGAAGAUCCUGUCUCACCCUGAGAAGCUGCUUUUCAUCCUGGAUGGCAUAGAUGAGCCAGCCUGGGUCUUGAAGGAGCAGAAUCCUGAGCUCUGUCUGCACUGGAGCCAGCCACAGCCCGUGCACAUGCUGCUGGGCAGUUUGCUGGGGAAAUCCAUUGUGCCUGGGGCUUCCUUGCUGCUCACAGCUCGGACCACAGAUCUACAGAAGUUCAUUCCAUCCUUGGGGAAGCCACGUUGGGUGGAAGUCCUGGGCUUUGAUGAGUCAGGACGGAAGGAAUAUUUCAACAAUUAUUUCACAAAGCAAAGAGAAGCAAUUACAGCUUUUAGCUUGGUUGAAUCAAAUCUAGUGCUCUCAACACUAUGUCUGGUGCCCUGGGUAUCCUGGCUGGUCUGCACUUGCCUGAAGCAUCAGAUGGAGCAGGGGAGAGACCUCUCACUGACAUCACAGACCACCACAGCCCUCUGCCUGAAAUAUCUUUCCCAGACUCUACCAGAUAGAGCCUUGGGAACCCAGUUCAGAGGGCUCUGCUCACUGGCUGCUGAAGGGAUCUGCAAAAGAAGGACCCUGUUCAGUGAGAGAGAUCUCCAGGAGCAAGAAUUAUCUGAGGAUGUCAUUGCCCUUUUCUUGAAAAUGGGUGUCCUUCAAAAGCAGCUCAGCUCUCUGAGCUACAACUUUGCCCACUUGUGUCUCCAAGAGUUCUUUGCAGCAAUGUUCUGUAUCUUGGGGAAUAAUGAGGAGAAACAUGGUGAUAUGGAAAAGUACAGAAUUGUGGAAACACUAGUAGAAGUGUAUGGAAGGCAAGACCUGUUUGAGGCACCCACCAUACGCUUCCUAUUUGGCCUUUUAAGUGAACAAGGGGUGAAUGAGAUGGAGAAGAUCUUCACCACCCACUUGUCCCUGCAAACCCUAUGGGAAAUGCUGGAUAAAGCCAGGGCAUUGCCCCAGCACCAACAUCUCUAUUCUCUGGGGUUGUUUCAUUGUUUGUAUGAGAUUCAUAAAGAAGAUCUCCUGACACAGGUGAUGGACAACCUUCAAAAAAAACAGGUUUGUGACCUGAAAGAUAUGGCACACCCAGUGUUCCAGACAAACGUGAAGUACCUGGUGGUCCAGACAGACGUGGAGCUCAUGGUGGUCACUUUCUGUAUUAAGUACUGCCACCAUGUGAAGAGGCUUCAGCUGGAUGGUUGUGGACAGCAGGGACCAAUGCUGAUGGCCCCUAGGAUGGUUCUGUCCAGGUGGUACCCUAUCACAGAUACCAGUUGGAAGAUUCUCUUCUCCACUCUUGAGUUCACAGGAAGCCUGUUGGAGCUGGACCUAAGUGGAAAUCCAGUGAGCUACAUUGCACUUCAGAAACUUUGUAAGACACUGAGACGCCCUGAAUGUCACCUAAAGACAUUGUGGCUUGUCAACUGUGGCCUCACAUCCAGACAUUGUGUGGACCUGGCCUCAUUGUUCAGGGCCAAUUCCAGCCUGGCUGAGCUAGACCUGCAGCAGAAUGACCUGGGCGACUACGGUGUGAGGCUGCUGUGUAAGGGGCUCAGGAAUCCUAACUGCAACCUCAGAAUCCUGUGGCUGGACCAGGCCCCUCUUAGUGACCAGGUGAUGAUGGAGCUCAGGGCCCUGGAGGCAAAAAAUCCACAGCUGCUCAUCUCUAGCACAUGGAAGCCACAUGUAAUGGACCCUACUAAGAACCCAGAUGGAGAAGAAACGGAUGAUAACCUGAACUCAUGUAAGCGUCAGAAACUACAGUCAGAGGAGGGGUGCUCACAAUUUGCACCACUGGAGUUCUUCCAUGCGUCUUCUCCUGACUCUCCAAGAGACAAGCCCCUGGAACCACUGGGGACUGAAGAUGACUUCUGGGGACCUACAGGACCUGUGGUUACUGAGGUGGCUGACAGUGAGAGGAACCUGUACCGAGUUCAGUUCCCUGUGCCUGGUUCCUACCACUGUCCCAACACAGGACUCCGCUUUGUGGUGACAAGGGCAGUGACCAUUGAGAUUGGAUUCUGUUCCUGGAGCCAAUACCUGGAUGAGACUCCCUUGCAGCACAGUCACAUGGUGGCUGGGCCUCUGUUUGAUAUCAAGGCUGAGCAGGGAGCUGUGGCUGCUGUGCACCUCCCUCAUUUUGUGGCUCUCCAAGAGGGACAGGUGGACAUCUCUGAGUUCCAUGUGGCCCACUUUCAAGAACAUGGGAUGGUCCUAGAAACACCAGCCAGAGUGGAGCAGCACCACACAAUCUUGGAAAACCCAAGCUUCUCCCCAAUGGGAGUUCUACUGAGAAUGAUCCCUGCUGUCAGACACUUCAUCCCCAUCACUUCCAUCACACUGAUCUACUAUCACCUCAGUCUUGAGGAAGUCACCCUUCAUCUCUACCUCAUCCCCAAUGACUGCACCAUUCGGAAGGCCAUUGAUGAUGAAGAAAUGAAGUUUCAGUUUGUUCGGAUAAACAAGCCACCCCCACUAGACUCUCUUUAUAUUGGCUCCCGCUAUACUGUAUCUGCUUCCAAGAAGCUGGAAAUCAUCCCAAAGGAACUAGAGCUGUGCUACCGGACCCCUGGAGAAUCCCAGCUCUUCUCUGAGAUCUACGUUGGCCACAUGAGUUCAGAGAUUAAGCUGAAAAUCAGAGACAAGAAACAUAAGAAUCUCAUAUGGAAAGCCCUGCUGAAACCAGAGGACCUCAGACCUGCACUGCCCAUGAUUCCUGCAGCCCACAAAGCUGUUCCUGCUUUGCUGCACUUCGUGGACCAGCAUCGGGAGCAGCUGGUGGCCCGAGUGACAUCAGUGGACCCUGUCUUGGACAAGCUGCAUGGUGCUGUGCUGAGUGAAGAGGAGUAUGAGGCAGUGCGGGCUGAAGCCACCAACCAAGGCAAGAUGAGGAAGCUCUUAACCUUCAACAGGUCCUGGAGCUGGACCAGCAAAGACCGAGUCUACCAAGCUCUGAAGGAGAUCCAUCCUCACCUGAUCAUGGACCUCUUUGAAAAGUCAGGCGGGAUCUCUGUGGGAUCUUGACAUUUUAGUGGCUGAGAGGCAAGUACUCUCCUUUGAGUCCUGGCUCUGCCUGACAUUCCUUUGGUCCUCAGUUUAUCUAUAAACCAGUGGCCAUCUGAGAUGCCUUUUUCAUGGUACUGUUUCCAGGACACCCCUUGGGGACCCAGCUGUUCCUCCUUAGCCUUCUGCAGCCAGAUGUUCACAUGGGAUAAGCAUCUCAGAAAACUUCCAGUGAAGCCAGCAAGUCUACUCAGGCCCUGUUGAACCUGCUCUCAUGGCCUGUGUGGCCCGGCUUGUGCCCACAUGACCCACAGUGAUACAGGCAUGAUGGGAAUAAAGGAAUGGACACAAGGAGAUGGUCCUUUCCCUGGAAAGUCAAUAUCUUAUGAAUAGGAAAGGAUGGGGGCUUCUCAUUCAUUUCCCACCCCUUUUUCCCAAAUAAUUUUUAUAUAACUUUAGGUAUGUAGAUAUAUAAGUAUAUAAAUCAAACAUUUUUACUGAAUAUAAAUCUUAAAGAAUUUUAUAUUAAAACAACUGCUUGUUAUAAUAUAAUAUUACCAUUUGUUAAAGAUGACAGCAAAUUUGAAAAUUAGUGAGAUGGACCAUUUAUCUUUGCAUGGGGAAUUAAAUCUUGGUUGAAUACUUGAUGCUGUAGACACAGGGAAACUUCAGUGUCUCUCAGACUUGGUGGAUUUUUGCAUCUCUCGUGCUUUACACAGAUGUGCAAUGCACAUUCCCAGUUGGAAAUUGUGUCCUAACCCCAAGCCAAAAUUCACUUACCAUCCCUUUUUGUAACUCAAGUCAGAAACUCAAAACACAAAUUUUAAAAUCAAAUGCUCUCACGUAAUACAAUGUAAAGAUAUUCUAACAUGAUACAUGAUAAAGAAUGAAAAUAGGAAAAUAUUUAAAUCUUAAUAUUUUAUAAUUAAUCUGUCAUGUUUCUAUGAGAGCAGAAAAUCAUGUAUGCACAGGGAAAAUACUGUAAUCACAGCAAACAAUAGCCUAGACUCUGAGCCAAGGUAUUUCAGA